GGGAAUGUAUAGAAAGGAAGCUAAUAGAUGAGAAACUAAAUCACUGUCCAGUAUGCAAAGUAGAUUUGGGUUGUUCUCCAUUAGACAAACUAAAGGCAGAUAAUACUUGGAAAACAAUACAAGAUCAUCUAGUCACCUCUGAAGGAAAAAUUAUGACAGUUGAAAAUGUUCCUUUAAGUCCAUUGGUAACCAAAAAAAGGAAGAACUCUCAAUCUUAUUCAAAAUCCAAUGCAAAAAAGGCCAAAACAGCUUCAAAAAAUAUUAAGAAAUAUGUAAGGAAAGGAAAGAAGAUUCAAGAAAAGCCGAAGCAGCUGCAAGAAAAACUACCUAUGACUCCACAAGCACCAAAAGCUCCUGCUUCUGAACUUUCUAUUGUAGAAGAUGUUAAGAAAGAUGUGAAACAACAAGGUGGAAUAGAAAUUUUGGAUGAAGUUUCUACAAUUCUAUCUGCAAGAAGAGCAAAAAUUGCAGCUAGAAAAAAGUUUAUCAGAACUGAAUUAGCUCCUACUGCUAAACCUGACAAGGUCAUAGUUGAUGAAAAGAAAGACGAUAAGCGCCCCCAGCUUGAAACAGUCACUCCAAAAAUCAGAUUUAAGAAUUCGUCAAAACCAGAAUCAUCAAGUCAGAAAAUAGUGUUCAAGAAUAUUUCAAGGGACAAUGCUGAAUCAUGUAAAGAAAAAUCUGCAAUGUGUGAGCCAUUGAAUUGGUUAGUGGAAACUACAAACAAAAACAAGUCUCCUAAUAACUCUACAAUGCAAGAAAAUGGUGUCAUACCAAUGCUUGUGGAUUCUAGUGACAAUGACUCUCAUCACGUGACUAAGUUUGAAGUUAAGAAUCAUUGUAUUAACCACCAAACAGAAACAGAAGGUGAUCAAAAUGAUCCAAAAUCAUCUUCCUUGAAGUUUAAGCUUAAAAGAGUGGAAGAAAAAAGAGUAAAAUUUUUUGAGGACUUGAAUCUUCCAGCACUACCUGAAAAUGAAAGCAAGGAAGACUUUGGUUCAUUCUGGUUCUCCUUAGUUGCUUCCAAAGAACAGGAACUUUAUGCACUGCCACAAAUAUCUACUCCCUACUUAAGGGUCAAGGAUGGCAUUUUAACUGUUUCACAUAUCAAAAAGUACAUUGUGAAGAAGCUUAAUCUUCAUAGUGAAGAUGAGGUGGAGAUCUUAUUAGGAGAUAAGCCAGUUUUAAGUUCAAUGCAGAUGCAAAACUUAAUGGAGUUGUGGUUGGAAACAAUGUCAAAGAAUGAAAGAGUUGAAACAUCUGUUGGAAGCUCAGCUGAGGAUUUUGUUAUGGUCCUUUCGUACCGUCGAAAGGCUUGA